UUUUGACUUUCAAUGUUUCCUAGAAACACGUAGAAAACAAUUUUCAUGUUAGCCUGCCAAUCUAGGGUUAGCUUCAUUCUUGUAGUCUAAACAUCUACUUCCAAUUUCCGUGGUUCUUCAAAAUUCCAAAGCAAAAUCACAGAAAUGGCGUGGCGUUCUGGAUCUCUCUCGCGGUCUAUUUUCUCCGCCGCAAGAUCAAUACCAACUCGUUCCUCUCUUCAACAUUCUUCUACUUCUUCCAUUCGUUCUCAUCUUCUUCAACCUCGCCGCCCCCUUGUUACUGUCCCUAGGGCUUUGGGAAUUCUCGGUUGCACGCAGUCGUUGAUGCCGUUGCAUAACGCCGAUGCCGCUGCGCGCCUCACUUCUCACGUUUCAGUUGAAUUGCGCGCUUGCUGCGAGCUGUCUCAGGGUACUUGAAUUGAUUUUACAUUUAUCAGCACUGGUUGUGCCUACAUCUAUGGUUGGAUCUAAAAUGGAUGGCUAAUGCUGUGAAGCACGAAGCUUGUUGAGAAGUGUUUUUUGUAUUUUAUUAUUUUAGUCAAAAUUAAAUAAGUAUAUCUAUCCAUUCUUCUAUAAAGAUUUAGGUAACUUUUCAAGCUAAUUGAAGGAUAUCGACUUUGUUUUGCUUUGUAUCAUCACAUAAUAAUAAUGAUGAUGAUGUCCGAGACUAAUGUUGCAUUUAAAUUAAGAUGUAUAGAUAUUGAUAAUUGGCAGUGUCUCAUUAUCAAAUGAGCUGUUACAAAUUGCAAUGGCUUUGCUCUUGAUACAAA